CCGCGGCGCCGCUUCCCGCGGGCGGCUGGGCCGGGGCGGCCCUGGGCACAGCGGGCAGGCCCCGGCAGCAGAGAGCGCCCGCCUCUCUCAGCGAGCACCGGGAACUGCGGACGGCUCUGUGCUUUGGGUAAACUGGAGGGCCCGCAGGGCUUAUCUGCAGCUUUUCGCCCGUUUUUUCGUCUGGUAACCCGCAGAAAUGCCUCACUUCCCUGAAUCUUUCCACCAUGAAACAGCUGCCUGGAGAGACAAUUCGGCUCCUUUCAAGUUCUCAGGUGAUUACUUCAGUUGUCAGUGUGGUAAAGGAGCUGAUAGAAAAUUCCUUGGAUGCCAGUGCUACAGGCAUUGAUAUUAAACUGGAGAAUUAUGGGUUUAGCAAAAUCGAAGUAAGAGACAAUGGCAGUGGAAUUAAGGUUGAUGAUGUUCCAGUUAUGGCAAUUAAACACUACACCUCAAAAAUCAGCUCUUCUGAGGACCUUGAAAGGCUGACAACAUAUGGUUUCCGUGGGGAAGCUUUGGGAUCGAUUUGCAGCAUAUCAGAAGUUUUGGUCACAACAAAGACAGCUGCUGAUGAUUUCAGCAUUCAGUAUGCUUUGGAUAGCAAUGGACAUGUAACCUCUAAAAAGCCUUCCCAUCUUGGGCAAGGUACUACAGUAACAGUCCUAAAUUUGUUUAAGAAUCUUCCUGUAAGAAAGCAGUUUUACUCAACAAACAGAAAAUGUAAGGAAGAGCUGAAAAAAGUCCAAGAUCUACUGACAGCAUAUGGUAUCAUAAAACCAGACCUGAGGAUAACAUUAACACAUAAUAAGGCUGUUAUUUGGCAGAAGACCAGGGUAUCAGAUCACAAAAUGGCCUGUAUGUCAAUUCUGGGAACAGCCGUUAUGAGCAGUAUGGUACCUUUUCAACACUGCUGCGAAUAUCCUGAGAUAAAUCUUUCUGGAUUUCUCCCAAAAGCUGAGUCAGACACUUCUUUGACAAGCCUUUCAAGUUCAGAAAGGAGUUUCAUUUUUAUAAACAAUCGUCCAGUUCUUCAGAAGGAAAUACUGAAGUUAAUUCGACAAUACUACAGUCAGGUGACACAAAAGGAAUGUACUCGUUCAUAUCCUGUUUUCUUUUUGAGUAUUACUGUACCUGCCUCUGCUGUGGAUGUGAAUAUAACACCUGAUAAAACACAAGUUUUGCUGCAUUAUAAGGAAUCUGUCUUACUUGCAGUUGAAAAUGUGUUGAAAUCACUGUAUGGGCCACUACCUGCUGCAGUCCCUGGUGAAAGUAAUAAAACAGAUGUUACCUCAGAAGACAUGUUUGUCCAUAGAACAGACCAAACAGAUGUGGCUGUUAAUGAAAUGGGACCAUCUGGAAAUGAUGAGCUACAUGCUCAUACUUCAUUCCUUUCACUCAGCAGUGAUGUGCAAAACUGUCAAGCAGGAAAAAACACAGAGAUCUGCUUAAAUCAUCAGACAUUUAGUGGUGAUAAUGUACACAGUUGCUUGGACAAAAGAGAGGUUUCUAAGAGUGAUGCCUUUCCAGACAGUUCCUCAAAUUUAUUGCGUGAGGAGGAACAGAAUGGACAGAAUAUGGCUGAUAUUCAAAGUAAUAGUGUUGCUGUGGAUCCUGAGUCUAAAAAAGCCAAUGAGCACCUUUUGAGUUCUGAUAAUAUUGACAAAAUAGAUAAAAAUGAGGAAAUCUUAGUCCCUAAGGACUUACCUGAAAUCUCUGCUGAUAGUUGGAGUAUGGGAAGUGCAUUUAAAGACAUUCUGGGAGACAAGCUGGAACCUGUUAAGAUCUUGAUUCCUGAAGUUGGAGGGACAACUAAUAAGCAAAAUGAAUACACUGGUGAAAAAAGCAGUGAUCCACAAAGCUCAAAUCAAAGCAUAAAGAAAAAAAAUGUGAUAAGUGAAAAAUUUGGACAUGUGACAGCUUAUGACUUAAUUAAUAGCAAAAUAAUAAAGAAACCAAAGUCUGCAUUUGAAUUUUUCACACAUGAGUGUCGUCCAAAAUUGAUAGAUGAUAAUCCAAAGACCAGCAUGAAUGACAUCCUGCUGACAAUUGAAGAGCAGUGGAAGAAUUUGAAUGAAGAGGAAAAACAGAAUUACGAAAUAAAAGCCACUAAGGACCAGGAACGGUACAACAGAGAGGUCAAGAAAGCCAAUGCACAGCCAAUGCACCGACCAGCAAAGGAGGCAGAAAAACACAAACCCAAGUUAAAGAGUUCUGCAUCUGACCAGCAGAAGCUUGACAAGAUAUUUCAUAACCAGAUUGAAAAGAAGGGGAAACUGGAACAGCCUGUGAAAAUUGUGACAGUGCCUUUUGCUCUGAGUUCCUGUAGACGUCACCUUCAGAGACCAGAAAGAAAUGUUUCGGAUGAACACAAGCUUUUCCUGAUCCGUCGUCAGAGUUUUCCUGAUGUCUGGAUACUUGCUACUGAAAACAAUGUUAAGUUGCUGAAUCCAUAUAGAUUGGAAGAGGCCCUGCUAUGUAAGAGAUUAUUGGUGAACCAUAAGCUUCCUGUAGAGAAACUGGACACUCCAAUUGUGUUAACAGACAGUCUUAUUGGUGGAGCUCAGUAUAUGGCUGCUCUCUAUAAAAUGCAGAAGAAUUACCACAGUUUCCAUGGAUCAGGUUAUUUGUCAGAUCCAAGGCUUGUAGCAAAUGGAUUCCAGAUAAAAGUGAUAGAAGGUGUUUCGGCUACAGAAAGUCAUCUGGAAAUAGAAGGGAUGGCAAAUUGUCUGCCAUAUUAUGGAAUCUCUGAUUUGAAAGAAAUUCUGAAUGCAGUAGUUAACAGAAAUGCAAAGGAAGUAUAUGAAUGUAGGCCUCUCAAAGUGAUAAAUUACUUGGAGGGAGAAGCAGUAUGUUUAGCACGGCAGCUGCCCUUACAUUUGUCAAAAGAAGAUGUGCAAAACACAAUUUACAGGAUGAAGCAACAGCUUGGAAAGGAAAAUAAAGGCUGUGUUCAUGGUCGUCCUUUUUUUCAUCACUUAACAGAUAUUCCAGAAGUUGACAAGCACAACUCCAUGGAAAUUAUUCAGUAAAUGGAACAUUUUAUUUGAGGUCAUACUUUCUUGCUUAAUUUUGAUCACUACUCUGUAAUUUCAGUAUGUUUUGUGCAAAGCUUUUGUUUAAUGACUUUUCAUUGUUACAUGUUCACCUCCUAAAGACUUUAUUUAAAUAAAAAUGCUACUUGAAAACAGAAAAAAAUAUUGUAAAAAAACAACUCACCACUGUUUUUUUAAAAAUACUUUAUUAAAGAAAUGUUCUCAA